AUGUCCUCCUCCUACCAAACAUUAGCAAAUCCUCCCAUGGACCAGAUUUCCAGUAAUAAUGUCAACAAUGUGGACCCGCUAGACUUUCCUAUGGAUGAUCAAGACAUUCUCGAUGAGUUUCUUGAUCAACGAGUAUACGAAGUGACAGAUGGAACCAGCCCGAUCUCCAACAUGAACAGACAGAGUAAUAAUAGCAGUAAUACUGGUAUCAGCAAUGAAAUUAACCACAGUUCUGGCAUCAAUAGCCAUACUACUACCACUAAUAAUAAUAAUGAUAACAAUAAUAAUACUAAUAAUGACCUUAAUGACCAAUUUGAUUUAGACUCUGGUGCCAACUCGAACAACUACAACUUAGGCAGUUUGGAAAACCUUGAUAUUGGAUCAUUUUACCAACCAUCACCGGACUAUAUGAUAGCUAGCAAUAAUCAUUCAGGCUUUCACAGCCCAGAGGGUGUGUCUCCGCAAAGUUUCCAGCAAGCUCAACGUCAGCAGCAACAUAACGACAUAGUACAAGGCAGCGCCUCUAUGCCGGGAGUUCAACCUGAGUUGAAGCUUGAAUCAAAUUCAAAUUAUUCCACACCUCCAGAGAAAACUAUAAUCACCGCUUACGACUAUGCCAGGUCAGAGUUGGCUAAGUUAAAAUUUGGGAAUCCAAGUAUGUCACCCCAACCUAAUUCCGUAUCUGUUCCAGAUCCAAUGACAUAUCUCGAUUUUAGUCCACAGACUAUGUCCGGCCUUCCAUUUAAGCUUGAGCUUUCUAACUUACCUACAUAUUCAAGAGUGGAGACUCAAAUUAAGCUCAAGUUUUCUCUCUCUCCUCCACCAUCGUCAUUCCUCUUACAUAUUCCUCAAGACUUGAUAUCCAAAAGUAAAUUUUGCUUGAAGGAUUCUAUUCACAGUAUGCCUGAAGAGUUUAAGAAACACGUCUUGUUCUUGGAUACUUACGUAUUGACUUCGGACCUCAAAAAAUCAUGUACAAUAUGUUCAAGAUGUAUCAAAAGAGAACAAAAGAGAGCAUCAAGAAGAAAAUCUGCCAUAUUUGGGGAACAACAAGACACAAUGAAGGAAGAACAGAUUGAAGAGGUGUCUCCUAAAGCCAAUAAUAAUUCGUGGUCCGACGAAAAUAUGUCGAAGAAGGCAAUCAUUUUCAACUGUAAAGAGAUUGUGUCUUUUCCACCACCCAAUGGGUUAAGUAACGAUCUUAAGAAAAGCUUGGAGCUCCUGAUUAGAAUUGUCUGUUAUUGUAGGCAUCAUAAGGAACUGAAGGGAUUUAAAUUAUUAUUUGUUGUUAAGGACUACACUGGAAAAAUUGUCGCCAAGAAUAUAUCAUCGCCAAUUAUGAUUAUGGAUAGAAAGAAAACCACAGGAGGUGGAAAUAACUCUAGAAUAGAAAACUCUUUGCCCAACUCGGUUUCGAAUUCUUCCACGAAUUUGGCUGGUCUUGGUUCGACGGCUGCCAGUGCAUCUGGUGCAGAAGGUGGAGCUAACUCUUCCUCAAACUUGUCAACCCAUCCCGUGAUACCGGAUUCUGGCUUGGAAUCCCUCCACCCAUUAUCGCCUAACUCAAUCGAUGGCGAGUCCAACUCUGAACCUACCAAUACUGAUACGGAUAGAGGAUUGAAAAGAAAGAAGCUAUCGGUGGAUGAUUCCUUCAACACUUCUUCGAAUCCAAUGUUCAAUGGAUCUUCAAAUAACUUUUCCCCAAUAAGCAACAGUGACACCAACACCAACACAUCGACACAUAAUUACUUCAUGAAACCAUCUUCGUCAGCAAAUCUUUUAAACCCAUUAAAUCUGUUAAUGAGUCAAAGUACUCACCAACAGCUGCAACAACUGCAACAGUCCAAUGGGGGACCACCAGUACCCUCCAUUCAGAGAAUAAUACCUGCUCAAGGUCCUAUUAGAGGAGGAAUUGAAGUAACUCUUUUAGGAUUUAAUUUCCGUCCUGGCUUGAUGGUUAAAUUUGGAUCAAAUCAAGCUUUGGCUACUCAUUGUUGGUCAGAGACUACUAUUGUAACGUAUUUACCACCUGCUUCUCAACCAGGGCAAGUCUUGGUUAGUUUUGAAAAUGAAAGUUUGAUGCUAGGUUCUGUGCAACAACAACAAGUUUUCACAUACACUGAUGACACUGAUAGACAAUUAAUUGAAUUGGCUUUACAGAUCGUUGGUUUAAAGAUGAAUGGAAAAUUGGAAGACGCUAAAAAUAUUGCAAAGAGAAUUGUUGGAACUGAUGAAAGGAAUGGAGGUGGAUCAAAUGAAAGUUCUGGUUCAGUUGCUGGCGCAACGAAUGCAGCAUUGGAUCAGGAAAGCUCGGGAUAUGAAUGGUUUGAUAAUGCUCAUAAAGCGGUUGAAAUCUUGACUAAGUCAGAUCUUUCGACUGAGGAUAUUUUAAUUAAUUUCCUUUCGUUGGUUGAUUUACCCAACUGCCCAAUAAUUUUAUUGAACUGGCAAUUAUGUACCAAUCAGGGCCAAACUUUGUUACAUUUGGCAACCUUGAAGAAUUACUCAAAUUUGAUUAAGUUCCUCAUCACCCACGGCUGCAAGAUUGAUGUAAAGGAUAACCAAGGUUUGACUCCUUUGUUCUUUGCAUCUAUGUGUGGACACAGAGAGUUGAUAAGCUUAUUUGUUGAGUGUAAAUCUAAUUAUAACUUGAAAUUGGCUAAUGAAAAGCACUUGAUUGAUUACUGUGAUCCUAAUGUUUUAGAUAUUUUCAAUAACUUGAGUGAUAACGAGGCUGAUUUUAGUAAAGGUAUCACAAAUUCCAAUCCUUCUAGUGGUGUUUUAAGUAAAUCAAUAAGUAUGGAUUCUUUGAAUUCGUUGUUUACCAUGAGUUACGGUCGCCAUAUUUCCAAGAUGGUGGGAAGAGAAUCAAGCGAGAUCUCCACCUUCAAGAAAUUAGAAAGUGGUGACAGGCAUAUUGUCAGAAGAGAAUUUAAGCCAACAGAUGAAAAGUGUCUGGAUGUUUAUGACGAUAGUAAUGAUUCCAGCGAAUUUGCGGAUAGCGAAUUCGAAUCCAACGAUGAAGAUUAUGACGAUUAUGGUGAUGUUGAAACGUUGAGAAAUUCAAGCCUUAAUGAAACAAGAGGAAGUAGCAGCAGUAGUAAUACUACUAUUACUGCAACUGGCAAUGGUAGUUUGUGGCAGAAGGUGAAAAAUGUCUUCAACAACGAUGAAGACAUUGAACUUCCAUCUUAUGAUGACUUAUUUCCAUUCAGAGAUACUCAAAGCACUAUUAUUGAGACUUCGUCUUCUAAGAUUCUCGAAGUUCAGAGGGAAGGAACAUCUGGAUCCACUACUAAUAAUUCUAAGGAUGUGCAAACUGAUGUACAACAUGAGGAAGACAGUGGAAUAACUUCAGAUUCCUCUGAUGAUCUAAUGAUAUCUUAUAAAUUGCACAAUGGUAGAAAAACCGUGAAGAAUGAUAAAAUGUUGUUAUUUUUCUGGUUUCCAGCUUUGAUUGUCAUUGGUGCAUUGUUCGUGUCAAUAUCAGUAAUGGGGUACAAGUUCGAUUUCAUUGAAGAUUGGAAAGUUUACUUCAGAUCCAUCAUUGGAAAUUUAAUGGUUGGAAACGAAAGAGUAAUUAGAGUGUUUCAGCACGAAAGAAAUGGCAUAAGAGAAUUGUUGACCUAA